GUAACGCGUGCGCAGAAACGCUGAAGGCGCGAGCAAGGUUCCAUGGUGGGUCUUCUACAAGUUGCUGGCGGUACCGCUGUUUCCUCUUGACUCGAUAGCAGUGAGCCCGCGAGGAGGGCGCCGCGGGUAUCUCUUACUUCCACCUUCGACACCAGGUUUGGCUAAAACAUGGCAUCUCUGUUUGUAAAGAAAAUGAUGUUUACUAUCAGCAGUCCUCUUUUCCAUAUGAGCAGAUGUUCAGCGAAACCUUCCUCAAUCUCUGCAUUCCUAUUUGCAUCACAACAAAGUACAUUUCCUGUAAAUACAGGUCCCAUGAAGUAUAGUUCAAUAAUUCAUCCAUUUCUUUCACGUUACUUGCUUCCAUCCUCUCAACCUGCUCUUGGGUUCAAAACAAAAGCUGUUCUAAAGAAGCGCUGUAAGGACUGUUAUUUUGUGAAAAGGCGAGGACGAUGGUUUGUAUAUUGUGCAACAAAUCCAAGACACAAGCAACGACAGCUGAAGUCUCUUUGAUUUCUGAAAUGAUAUUCAAAAUACCGUCCAUCCUUCAGAACAGUUAAUUAAAAAAAAAAAAAGCAAAAACUGAAACAAAUGAAGCCAAUCAAAUAUUGGAAAUAAUACUAUUAAAUAACAAUAUCAUAAAGAUUGAUAAUAAAAUAGUUUUUGUUUCUUUAA